AUGUCCAGUCAAGAGCGAGCAACGCCGUCGUCGUCGUCGUCCUCACAUAGCAGGAUUGCAACGCCCCGGUCGAGCACAGCGGCCCGACAAGCGCCCUUUCCAACAACGAGCAGAUCGCCUCAUCACUCGUCCUCGUCCACUCCUGCUGCUGCUGCUCCUGCUGCCUCUCCCGCUGCGAGUAGUAACAUCAAUGCGACCGGCAGCGCACGCAGGCCCGCCGCCGCCGCCGCCGCCGCCGCAGCAUCCACUGCCCAGAGCAGUCCAAUCGAGGAGCACUUCCCGCGAGUCCAAUCGCUGUCAAACAAGACCUGGCACGCAUUCCGCGUCUCGCCGCUCUACCGCAUGCAGACAGACGCACAGUCACUUCGGUUGUAUAGUCGGUCGUUGACGGCAGCACUCGUGGCGCGCCGCGAUCGGAGCCAUGCGGCGCUGAUUGACGCCAGCAACAGCAACGGCAGUAGCAGCAGCUCAACCGCUGCGAACGGCAGUGCAGAGAUUGGUGCUGCCAACAUCGGACUGCUCCCGGGCAUCGAUCGAUUGCCGGGCGUACCACGGGCUUUGGGUAUUGUGGUGGCGGCGCCUCCGCGUGCGGUGCCGUCGUCGCUCCGGGGUCGGCAACUGCAGGCCGAGGAAACGGCCAAACAAAAGGCCGCCGGUGCUGCCCCAGAAAGCCGCCUGUUGGCCGUGCUCGGCAACUUUCGACGAGCACGACCAGCCGGGAGUGACGCAGCGGGCGGCAACGGCGGCACGGUUCAGGACGACGCAGACAACAAAGACUUUACCUUUCUGCCCUUAUUGCUCGUUAAAAGCACACCCCAGCUCACGCAGGAGGUGUGCGGGUGGCUCGAGAGCACGUUUGAUUGCAAGGUUACCCACCUCGCCUUUCCGCCGGUCGAGCUGGCUUGGAUGGCAUUCAUGUGGAGCGCGCAGAAUGUGAGUUACACGGCUGCUGCUGCUGCCGCUGCUGCUGCUGCCGCUGCUGCUGCCGCCGCCGCCAACGAAUCAAGCCCUGCCCUGUGCGAUGCGCUCAAUCGAAGCAAAGCCGCCCAGCGCGAAGCUGGCGAUGCGUCGAGCAUGUUUUUGGCCGUGGACACUUCGCAAGCAUUCAUGAAGGCACUCGAGGAGCACUUUUUCAGCAUUUCGGGCAUUCGAUUAUCUGCGCUCCAGCUAACACGCAUCGGCACUGGCACUGCCUACGUCGGCGCUGAAGGGCGUGUGAAGCUCUUUAGCCAGAAUCCCGUUGUGAUUGGCAACGUCCUGAACCAGCUAUCCGAGCUUGCGUCCCUCGAGAAGGUGUAA